AUGAAGAAUACCAAAGCUUAUCUGCUGGCUAUAGUAGCCCUUUCGGAAUCGUGCUGCUUUGCCGGGACAAACAACGGAGAUCGGGUCAUUCAACUCGGCAAGGACUACUACAACGGCACGACCAAGGUCCAGUUCAUCACGGAGGCCCUCGGUGAAGCAGACUUCUUCAAGAUCGACCCAGGCCCGAACGCAACUACCUUUGACUCGUGGUACUUUGAUGCGAUGAACCCUUCGACCAACGAGACCGUCGUCUUCAACUUUGAGAUCCAGAGGCCUACCGACAACGGCGCGGACGUAGGCAUCACGCAGUACCACGUAUCCCUGUUCGGAUCCUUCGCAAACGGAACGGCUUUCAGCUAUGGAGUCAACUCCGAAUUCGCCAACAUCACCGAGAGGGCGGACAAGAGCAUGCGCGUGGACUUUUUUGGCGGCAGCGAGGUUAGUUGGUCGGGCUCGAGCUUGUUACAAUCGAGACCAGUGUAUAAUGUCACUAUCAACUCGCCCGAAACCGGUAUCUACGGAAGUCUGGUCUUGCGAGGCAACACCGUCGCCCCCCACUACACCUGCGGCACCGAUGCAGCCGGUGUAAACGAGAAAAACGUCGAAGGCGUAGCCUGGGCCAACGCUCUCCCUGAUGCCGAAGCAACAGUCGACCUCAAGCUCGGCGACACAGCCAUGACCUUUUCUGGCUACGGUUACCACGACAAGACCUGGGUUGACCGCCCCUUCCAGGAAGCAAUUCAGGCCGCCUUCUGGGGCCACGCGCGCCUGGGACCCUACGCCGUCGUCUGGUGGCACCCGCACGCGCAGGACGGCACAGAGAUCAGCUCUGAGUACCUCGCGACCUACGAAGACGGCCACGUGAUUGCUUCCCGAUGUGUCGACCGCGCAAAUAACACGCUAGGGUGGGGCGAGGGACAGAUUUGGCCGCUUGUGCCUGGGACACCGGCGCCGGCUGGGAUGAUUAUGCGGUGGGAUUUGGGGGAUGCUGGUGUUUUUGUUGCUAAUAUUACGAGUAAGGACAUUUUUGUCACCAUUCCGUUUUGGCAGGCCGGGAGAGGACCUGUCUCUGGUGGAUUUGUUGGUGGAGAGCAGUACACAGAUGAGACUGGGCUGUGGUCUCUUAACCAGCUUCCCAAAUUGUAG